AUGCCUUCCACGUGCGAAUUUUAUUUGAGCAAACCCGAUGCGGUUUACCACAGUGGAGACACUGUAAGUUGUACGAUUGUUUUGAACACUACCAGACCCAAGGAUGUAAAAGAUAUAACUAUCACAUGCUUUGGACAGGCAAAAGUAAAAUGGUCUAAAAGAAAACGGUAUAGAAAUUCAUAUCGUAACAUAGAUUAUAAAGCAAAAGAACCGUACGUAGACAACACUGUAACAGUAAGUCGCGAAGGAACUCUCCCUGCAGGAACUCAUACAUAUAACUAUGAUAUAGUUCUACCUCCAGAAAGUCGCGCCUCUUUUGAGAGUCGUUAUGGUCACAUACGCUAUGAACUUAAGCUUAAAUUAACAAGACCUUAUCGAUUCAAUAAUGAAUUUACUAAAAUACUGACUGUAAUUAGUAAACAAGAUUUAAAUCUAAACCCAGUUUUAAGGAUACCUAUUGAAAAUGAGGAAAUAUUAACCUCAUUUUGGUGUUGUGGUACGGGUAUAAUUAAUACCAAACUUAAAAUUCCGUUUGGUGGCUAUGCUCUAGGUCAGUUUGUCGACUACUCUGUCCAUGUACAAAAUGAAUCAAAGAUCGAUAUUAAUAGGUAUACCAUAGAAUUUAUUCGAAAAAUAACCUUUACUGCCCAUAAACCCAAAUUCAAGACACGGGACGAGGAGACAACUUUAUACAAAAAUUCAUUUGCUGUUAAAUGUUUACGUUUGACUAAUCGUAUUUUUGAUGGCAGCUUUCCUAUACACGAUACACCUGCCUCCACAGCAGAUGAAACUAUAAUAAGUGUUCAAUAUUUACUAAAGGUUACCUUAAAUAUGGCUUGUAGUAAUGCUGACACAAUAACCAUUCCAAUAUUUGUUGGAGAUGUGCCACUCAGAGAGUCAACAUCAACAGAACAUUUGGAAACUGAUCGUCUUAUUGCCCCUGUAGUGGAAGAACUGCCAUAGGGGCAAUGGUUUAUCA